AUGUUCCAGGGUCAAACGUCGCUUGGUGGGGAGCGGCUGGUUUCAACAACGACCACAACCCCUCCCACGAAACCGGCAGCAUUGAGUGCGGCUAAACAAGCGUUGGAAAAGGAAACAGCAGCACUGCACAUUCCAAUUUGUGGGAUCCUAGCCGGAGGUGAUCGCUGCAGUCUGCACCAGGUCUUUGCUGUGAUGACAUCCAAUCACUGCCCGAUGGUUGUUAUUAGAUGUCUACGUGAUGAUGGUGCAGGCUCGCCAAACGAUAUGCGCACGGGGAAACGGUCGCACCGUCGACUUCUGUCGUGGGAGUGUCGGUGGCGGGGCUACGAUCACCUAGCAGUGAACCCCCACUACCAAUGUGCAAGCGUGGAACGAUUUGUGCUGGCAAUAUCGCAAGCGCUGUCCCGUGUUCGUCAGUCGCACACGUACAUUGAUUUUUAG